UUGUCGGUAGCGGCGAAGGCAACGGCGUUCUCGCCGUUCGCCCUCACUGCAGCGCUCGCCGUGUCGCUGUCCCCAGCAUGGCUCUGCUCGUGGCCUGGAGCCUCUUUCUGACUCUGCUCUUCACCGCGUGGCUUUUCGGAGGUCGGCGCCGGCGUGCGAAUGAAGCCCCGCUCGUGCGCAGCUGGGUCCCGUACCUGGGCUCGGCUCUGCGCUACGGAGCCCAGCCGCUGGCGUUCCUGCGCGAGCAGCAGGCGCGGUACGGCGAGGUGUUCACGUGCCUCAUCGCGGGCUCCUACACCACCUUUAUCUGCGACCCCUUCUCCUACGGCGCCCUCCUGCGCAACGAUCGCGCCUUGGACUUCGAGAAGUUUGGCCAAAAAAUCGCCAGGACUGUGUUCGGCGUCGUCGACUUCUUUGACCCUCGCUACAACGUCACGAUAGAGGAGAUCCACGACAUAUUCGCGAAGACUCUGACUGGGACCGAGCUGCAUUCGCUCACCGAGAGUAUGCUGGGAAACCUGCACGGCUACCUCGUUGAAGGUCGUGCUGCGAGGGACGCUGGCGCUGGCUGUGCCGGGGGUGCUGGUGGCGACGGCUGGCAGGAGGAGGGUCUGAACGAGUUCUGCAGGCGCACCAUGUUCCGAGCCGGCGUCGCGACCAUUUUCGGCCAAAAUAUGUUCGACGCCGAGUCCUCACUCGCCGAGAUGCUCAAGAGCUUCGACGACUUCGACCGAGCCUUCCCCCUCCUGGUGGCCGGCGUGCCGCUGUGGAUGAUGCCCGCGGCGAGGCGAGGGCGCGAGGCGCUGGAGACGGCGCUCGGGAAGGUGGCGCCCGGCACGAUGGUGGAACCAGCGGCUCUCAUCAUGCAGAGGGCGAAUCUGUUUGAGGGCUCGCCCUUGCUGGGGAAACUGGACAAGGCUCGCACACACUCCAUCAUGAUGUGGGCCUCCCAAGCCAACUCUUUGCCGGCAAUCUUCUGGACUCUCUUCUACUUGCUCCGGAGUGCGCCCGCGCUGAAGGCCGUGCGCGCUCAGCUAAAGGAGCUGCUGGGCCACGAGGCUCGGGAGCACGGCAAGGCCUUCGUCAUCACGAGGGAACAGCUCAACAAGAUGACCGUCCUCCACAGCGUAGUCAACGAAGCCCUGCGCCUCUCCAGCGCCUCCAUGAUCGUCCGCCAGGCCAAGGAGGACGUGACGCUGGAACUGGACUCGGGGCGCAGUGUGCUCGUGCGCAAGGGUGACAUGGUGGCGCUCUACCCAAAGAUGAUGCACUUUGACCCGAGCAUCUACCCGGACCCCAUGGAGUUCAAGUUUGACCGUUUCCUGGGUGAGAACCUCAAGGAGAAGACUACGUUCACCCAGAACAGUCGCCGGCUCUCCCUAUACCUCAUGCCGUUCGGCAUGGGGAAGAGCUUGUGUCCCGGACGGUUUUUCGCCAUAAACGAGAUGAAGCUGGUGGUCACCAUGUUGCUGUGGAGCUACGACCUAGAGCUCUUGGACCCCGGGGCCGCAUCUCCUCCCUUAAACAACGCUCGCGCCGGCUUGGGCAUCUUGCCCCCCAUGCAUGACGUCAAGUUCCGCUACAGGUUCAAGGGCCAAGUCUUCCCCAGUCUGUAAAGCCUGCGGCCAGGGUAAAGAAAAUCCCCCUAUCGUGUUGUCGCUUAGUCCAGGCAGAGCUAGGGUUGUGGUAAAAGAGCGAAUGUCGAAGGAGUUGGCCAAAUAUCCUAGAAUAGGACCGCGAGAUUGGGCAAUUGCUGGCAAUCUGCACGCAUUACAAAUCCUAAUGCAUUUUCGGAAGCAAUUUGCAUGAAUCAUUCAAUGCAAAAAUACAUUCGAUCAUUAACAUAAUAUAUUUAAACAAAAGUAUUAAACAAGAACCCAAUACAGAGCACGAGCAACGUUGAAGGGGGAGUACAGACGCCUUCGUGAACGACAAACCUGGGGCCACGUGACCUCGGAGUAGGGACCGGAACGUUGGCUGGGCUCACUGCCCUACUCACAUAGGGGCAACGAUCGGCAUUUUAUGGGUGGGGAAGGUGAGGGAAGCGGGGGGAGAGAAUGUACCCAAACAGAACCCGAAAAAGAAAACAUACGCGCCGAGUGGGUUUGUCAUUAUUGUUAAUCCCCGGGAGCAGCAGCCACUUCAUGCCUCUCCAAGGGGUAAUAUUUAAGGAGUCUCUCCCCCCCCCCCCCCGAUCCCCGACCACAUGCGCAUUCCCGCAGGGUUUAGAUGUGUUUUUUUACAUUUAAACCAUUUUUCGUAUUUGACCAGGGAAGGUCAACUGAACUAUGUAGCUCUUUUUCAGAAGUGACCUGGCUAUCACAGAUGAUAGCCCAAUGAAGUGGUUCAUCAUGUGGAAAUGAAUAGCAGCCAAAUACUCUA